GCCAGCCCAGCCGGGCCACGGGACGGGAGGCCCAUGCCCACCAUGUCCUUACUCAGCGUCACAGUAAAAAAAGCGCGCUAUGUUGGUAUACAAGCAACACAAUUCAACACAUACGUGACACUCAAACUACAGAAUGUCAAGUCGACGACGGUGACAGUGAAGGGCCCGACACCAUGCUGGGAGCAAGACUUCCUUUUUGAAAUUAACGACAUCAACCUGGGCCUCUUGGUAGAGGUGUGGAACAAAGGAGUGAUCUGGGACCGUGCCCUCGGGUACCACUACUUGCCUCUCACUUCAGUGGCUUACACCGAGCAGGAGUGUGGCGGGCGCUGGAUCGAGCUGGAGGCACAGCUCAUGAUGCGCGGCGGCGCAGUAGUCGGCACCACCGGGCCUACGGGCCAUGCCUUGCUGCUGGACUGCCGGUUCGAACCUCCGUUCGAUGCGGAAGGCACGGGCGGUGCCGACCUCCAGCGUAAGCUUGACCUGCUCAACGGCGCGUUGGACGCCGAGAGGGCGGAACAAGCUCGCAGGCAGAUGCAGUAUAUAGCCCACUCUGGGUACUCAGAGGACUCUGACUACACCUCAGACCUCAACUACCCAGUGGGCCAGCACGCAAACUGCAGCGCAUCGCAAUUCAGGAGUGCCGCACACCAGAUGCACACGCCACAGAGAUCACUGGAGGUGUCCCGAGAGAAUUCUUACGAGAGAGACGAGUACCACAUACACGGCGACACGGACCCCUUGUAUUAUAACAGUCAGCCGAGAACAAAUAGGAUAGAGACUUGGUCCCAGCUGCAUGCGCAGGCGAGCGUCGAGUCUGCCAUCUCUUGGCGGACCGCCGCCGACUGGCAGUCCGCAGAGGACCAGCGGCGACCAAGUCUCGAGCGACAGAAUACUCUGUACGACGACGGAUUAGGCUACGGGUUUGAUGCCUAUACAACUAGUACGCACAUUAGGGACCACUCACAUUUAUCGCAGCAGGCCAGCUACGAGGAGUACUAUGACUCGAGCAGCUACCCCUACCAGACGUCGUACGUGGGCGACGACUCACGACAAUGGGACAGUGGGGGGCAGUACUUCUUCGAUGACGGCUACGGGCUCACGCCCACCGAGUACGAGAAUAUCGUCAAUAAACGGCGCUCGUCGGUUGUGCAGUUACCGCAGUUACCGACUAAGCAGGUCAGUCUUUAG